UUACAUUACUUUCAAUUUCCACAUCAUGAUUAGUAAAUAUUAUUUAAUUCGGUUUGAGCUAGUUCGACCCGUAACGUUAGUAUUGAAAGAGUAAGUCGCAAAUGAUAUUUCCAACGAGGAAGAUGGAAUCUGGUAAUUUAUUCAAUCCUGAUAUUAGAGUGAAAGAUGAGCCUCGUGAUGACCCUCUCAAUGAUGAUGAUGGUUAUAAAAUAAUUGUCACGACACCCGUCACUCAAAAUAUUAAAUACGAAAGGUUCCAGCCCAAAAAUUCAACCCAAAAGCUUCUUCAAAUUUAUGACGAAAAUCACGAAAAUGAACGUGAUAACAUCCAAAUCGAAUUGGAAUGUAUAGACAUGAAGCCCAAUUUAUUGGCGGUUGCGAAAAUUGAAGAUCAUUCUCCAAAUCAAUGGCAGGAUAGCGAUGAUUAUAAAAGCGGAAGCAAAAUAAAACUCGAAACUGUCGGGACAGUGAAGAAGAAAAUUUUAAGCGAAGAAGAGACUGAUUUGAAUUUCAGACGUGGACUCAGCGAGCAAAAUAAAACAGGAACUGCCUCAAAAGAGCUGAACAAUGAAAAUAGGCUCAAAACUCACAAUGAUACUAGGCAUAAUAAAAUCACACAUGAUUGUGAUAUUUGCGGAAAAUCAUUCAAAUAUAAGAGUAAUCUCCAAACACACAUGGAUUCGGUGCAUUGUAAAAUUAGGCAUGCAUGCGAUACAUGGCAAAAGACAUUCUCAGACAGAAGUAAUCUCAGAAAUCACAUCGAUUCGGUGCACCGUAAAAUCACGCAUUCAUGUGGUAUAUGCCAAAAGAUAUUCACACAAAAAGCUUAUCUCACAAUCCACAUCAAAUCGGUGCAUAAUGGUGACAGACAUGCAUGCGAUAUUUGCGGAAAUAUGUUCAAACAAAGAACUGGUCUCAAACGCCACAUAGAUUCGGCGCAUAAUGAAGUCAGGCAUACAUGCGAUAUAUGCCAAAAGACGUUCUUAGACAAGAGUAAUCUUAAAAAACACAUCGAUUCGGUGCAUAAUGGUGUCAGACAUGCAUGCGAUAUAUGCCAAACGACAUUCUCAGACAAGAGUAGUCUAAAGAGGCACAUCGAUUCGGUGCACAAGCGAGACGGACAUGCAUGUGACAUUUGUGAAAAGACAUUCUCACAAAAAAGUCAUCUCAAAACCCACACCGAAUCGGUGCAUUAUGGUAUUUCACAUGCAUGUGACGUAUGUGGAAAGACAUUCACACAGAAUUGUCAACUCAAAGUCCACACCGAUUCGGUGCACCGUAAAAUUACGCAUCCAUGCGAUAUAUGCUUAAAGACAUUCUCAACCAAAAGUAAUCUCAGAUAUCACAUCAAUUCGGUGCACAACCGGGUCCGAUAUUCAUGUGAUAAAUGCCUAAAGACAUUCUCAGACAAGAGUAGUUUCAAAAAGCAUAUGGAUGCAGAGCAUAUUGGAAUCACCUAUUCAUGUGAUUUUUGUGGAAAAAAAUAUAAAUAUCAAACUAAUCUGAGUAAGCAUGUCAAAUCUUCGCAUAAUGGCAUCAUUCAUAAAUGCGCGACAUGCGGAAAGCCAUUCGGACAGAAAAAAAAUCUUAAAGCUCAUAUCGACACGGCGCAUAAGUCACGUAAUCAGACAUGUUAAAUAUUCAUUAUUUAUGUUCAAAUGUGUUAAAAAUUUUGAUGUACGAUACAGUGUAAUUGUUCAGAAGACUGAAAUAAAAAAAUUUUUGAUACCUUGUUGAAGAAUUUUUGAAAAAAAAAAAAACUGAAUAGUGUCUCUCAAAAUUGUUACCAUACACUCACAAUAACUACAACGCAUACGAGACGUUUUUUGAAAUUUUGAUUUCAAAAAUAUUUAUUGACAAAAAUAUUGAUAAAGAAACGUUUUUUCUUAAUUUCCCGAAAUAUAUGUAUACCACAUUUUGUCAAUUAUGCCUCAAUCAAAGAUCAUUAUAUUAGCGCUAUAAAGUCAUUAGAGUCAUGGUAAAAAUUUAGAGAUAAUCGGUCCAGUAAAUUUCAAAAUUUUUUC